UCCAGUGAAACGUUUGACGUCAGCAAAACAACUGCAUGACAGCUCAAAAUUUUUUUAUUUAUGUAUUUAUUGGUUUGUUUCAUAUUGAGUCAUACAUAUUCCCUUGAAUGUAAGAUUUUCCCUUCAACGGCGAGCCUCGUCUUGGACUUCUGUGAGAUCCAGAAGGGACAUCUUUCAUAUCCGUCAGUUAGCUGAAGAGAAGCCGAACAGGAUAGGGAAGCAGGGCGAGGCGGAGCCGGUGGAGAAGAUGGCCGGUAGCCCGGAGAAGAGUUCCACCGCGCAAGAACUGAAGGAGCAGGGAAACCGGCUGUUCCUCUGCCGCAAGUACCAGGAGGCAGCGACAUUCUACAGCAAAGCUAUUAACCGUAACCCAUCAGUGGCAGUAUACUACACAAACAGGGCCCUGUGCCAUGUGAAGCUGCAGCAACACGACAAGGCUCUGGCUGAUUGUAAGCACGCUUUGGAGCUGGACAGCCAGUCAGUUAAGGCCCACUUCUUUUUGGGUCAGUGCCAUCUGGAGUUGGAAAACUACGAUGAGGCAAUUGGCAACUUGCAGAAAGCUUACAACCUGGCAAAAGAACAGAGACUGAAUUUUGGAGAUGAUAUUCCCAGCGCCUUACGGAUUGCCAAAAAGAAACGUUGGAACAGCAUUGAGGAGAAACGUAUCAAUCAGGAGAACGAGUUACAUGCUUAUUUAACUAAAUUGAUACUUGCAGAAAAGGAAAGAGAACUAGAAGAAUACAAAGAAAAACAGGACGACAAUCAAAAUGGAAGUGAUAGUGCCAAAAUUGCAUCAAAGCAUGACAAGUACCUAAUCGACAUGGAUGAGCUCUUUUCUCAAGUGGAUGAGAAAAGAAAAAAGCGCGAGAUCCCAGAUUACCUGUGUGGGAAGAUCAGCUUUGAGCUGAUGAGGGAGCCCUGCAUCACACCCAGUGGAAUCACUUACGAUCGUAAGGAUAUUGAAGAACACCUACAGCGAGUCGGUCAUUUUGAUCCGGUCACCAGGAGUCCCCUGACCCAGGACCAGCUGAUCCCGAACCUGGCCAUGAAGGAAGUAAUCGAUGCCUUUAUCCAGGAGAACGGUUGGGUGGAGGACUACUGAAAGAGGACCCCCCUUCACCCUCCAUAUUUCUCUGUCAUAACAAUAUUCAACACGAUGCCUGGAAAGGACAUGAACAGAUCAGCAGUCCUCUAGGCCUGUGAACUUUGGACAUGCAGGAAAAACUGCACUGUGGACUACCAACUGGGAGCCAUGAAUCUUGGCCUGUUUCUCCUCGCUACAUUUUGUCUUUGCUGUAAAUCCUCCUGCUCCUCCUGCUCCAGAGUUGGCAGGUGUUAUGCUCAUGGUCUGCUGCUCCCAUUAAGGGUCAUUCAUAUUCUCUCUCUCUCUCUCUCUCUCCUCUAUUAGCUCAUCGUCCUCAUUGUCUACCAGCUUAUUCUGAUGGGGCUUCUCGAGGCUACAGUUGAUUGAAAACAUCAGCAAAGACUUUGGUGACUAAGUUUGCAUUUACGUCAGUAUUUCUUAAUCAUAUUUUCUUUUAACGUUAGCUGAUUUGCACAGUUCUCGGUGUUGUUUGUACUGUAAAAUUACAUUUUUGUUUUCAGCGAGAUGCUAGAUUGUAGGCAGGUAAUGGUAAACCGAUAAGUGGGUAUUUUACUUGUUCUGAGUGAGCUAAUAUUCCUGAACAGAUUAUUCUGCUUCUCUGCUGCCAGGUGGCGCUGCAGCUCCAAAACACACACACACACACACACACCUAUGUCCCAAUGCUGUCAAGUUUUGGAGUUGUUAACCAUUUUCCUCCAACCUUCAUCCCAUCACACACAAUUAGAAUAAAUUGAAUGUAUUCAUAAUGCACUCUGUAAGUUAGUUUUUACACCAACACAAUUUCAAGUAGUGUGUUGAGUGUAUGAAGACAAUAUAUUGUAACAAAAAGCAGCCCUGGCUACAGAAAAAGAAUGGUUGUCUAUAAGAGUUCUUCACGUUGCUGGAUCUAAAUUAAAAAUGUUGAAAUGUGUUGACUUUCAUAGAAUGAGACCACCUCCCCUCUUGGGCAUGAUGUUAAAAUGCUUUGAAGAAUGGUUUAUGCUGUGUGGUGUUCAUAGAAAAUUAACGUGCUUGGACGUUUGUGUAUAUAUGUCUUGUGUCUUUUGCCUGAAAUAACAGUGGAUGCUCCAAAUCAGGCAUAAACUGAAUGCAAAUGUAGGAAAAUGGCUGUAGUGUGUUUUUAACCCCCACCCCAUAUCGUCAUUGCUGUUAAUUUUAUACACCUUUUCUGCACGUGGUUGCAGUUCUGAAAAAAAUGAUUGUAACAGCCAUGUGGAGCCAAUCAUAAAUGUGCAGUUUGGAAAAAAAAACUUGCAGCCUCUUCUGUUAAUAGAAAUGCUGGAAUAGUUGCGAUCUUGUUUUAGUUGUACCUCAGU